ACGUGGCAUAUGAAGUGGGCACAGGACCUUGCCGCAAGCGCGAGUCAACAAGAGUCAGCUCUCAAAUCUGUAGGGAACUGUCUUGUUGGAAUGCGUCACAAGGCUCGCAUUCAUAUCGCCCCAUUUGUUAUUCUGUGCUGCAUCAAACAGUUGGAUGCAUUCGUCGAGAAAUGCCAAAAAUCGAUGGCCGAAUUAAUUGGAAAAAAUUCUAGGUCGCAUGAUCUAUUCAUCUGAAUUAUCGGAAUGGAGACGUUGAGAAUAAUUCAGCCGAGUUUCGUGAUUUUGAGGAAAGUUCUGCCUUAUUGAUGUUUAUGGUGUUCUUCGGAGCGAAGGGUUUUUUAAAACAUGAAAUUAUUUUAUGGACAAUUCCCAUUCUCGUGGGCUGUUUUAAUGCUAAUGUGUACUGAGGAAAUUGGGUCCGAGGGUAUAUCGUGCUUCAAGUGCUCCGUUGCACCUCUUCCGGGGGCUAGUCACAUUCAAAAACCUAGUCAAAUUUGCAGCCAAUUCGAUGGGAGUUCGCUGUAUCAGACGUAUUGCCCGAAGUCGACGCUCUGUAUGAAACGAACUAUUCAUCAUAAGCUGGUAAAUGGAACUAUAGUUAGAACAAGUGUGGAACGCGACUGUGCCCCUCAACUUGAUGUUUUUCAGUCUUACGACCACAGUCAACGUGCCUGGCAUAGUGAAGAGAAAAUUGUGCGAUCAGCAUACGAGGAGGGAUGCGUCGUAGGACCAGAUAAAGGCUCACCCGGAGGUCCACCUGAAUACUGUUACUGUCAAUAUCCAUUGUGUAAUCACGCAAGAACUCUCAACGGACAGAGUUAUAUAAUUCAUUUCUCAUUUUUAAUGUUCAUCUGUUCGAUCGCAUUCAGAGUGUCUUGACUGCUCGGAAUGAGUCAACGUUUAACACUGCUGUGAGUCAUUCAUGGAGAAAUAUAGAAUGUGUUGUAUGAUAUAUCAA